AUGGAUGACCUCCAUGACCUCGCGAUCAUCGAGCUGCCGGAACACUAUCGUGUCGAUGGUGAACGCCUUGGGCGGGCUCUUGCCCAUGUGUCUACACAAGCGAACAGUAUCGCAGAGCAUCAAGCCGAGCUCCAGCAUCGACAGUCUCGGCACGAAGAAGAGCAGCAGCGAUUCGUCGAGCAACGCGUUGCGGCAGCCCGAGAAGAGGCAAAUGCGCGGUGUAACGCGCUCGUUCUCGCUAUUCAGCAGACUUACGGCGACCUGAUGGCUCUGGAGCAUCCAUGGAGCUCAGCAACAGGCUCGAAUGAGCCUGCGGGUUGA